AUGAUGUCGCCACGAGACAAUCAGAACGAGGUCUUAUCUGGCGGCAACGAGGCCAACAUCAAUGGGAUAUCAGAGCCACCGGAACGUAAUAAUGCAGAUUAUUACACAAACCAGUCGAAACAUAACGGUGGCUGGCGGCAUCUCGUGCGGAAUUUCACACCGGCUUGGUUCUCGGUCAAUAUGGGCACCGGGAUCACUUCUAUUCUGCUCCACACUUUACCCUAUAAUGGCAAAUGGUUAUACUGGAUAUCAGUGGCGAUAUUUUGUUUGAAUAUACUACUUUUCGUUAUUUUCUUCAACAUCACCAUCUUGCGAUAUGUCCUCUACCCGAAGAUAUUCUACCUCAUGGUGACCCAUCCCACGCAAUCCCUUUUCCUUGGAACUCUCCCUAUGGGAUUUGCCACCAUAAUCAAUAUGAUUUGCUAUGUCUGUAUACCAGUCUGGGGAGACUGGGCUGCUUACUUUGCCUGGGCUCUGUGGGUUGCAGAUGUUGUUGUAUCUAUUGUGACAUGCUUCGGGAUACCAUUUAUUAUGAUGACUCGGACGUCUGACAGCAAGCUACAGGCGAUGGGUGCCGCUUGGCUGCUUCCCAUUGUGUCUUGUGUCGUUGCAGCGGCAUCGGGAUCUAUUGUGGCUGAUCUACUCCCAGAUCCUCAGUAUGCUCUAGGAACUAUCAUCGUGAGUUAUGUGUUAUGGGGUAUUGGAGUACCCCUGGCAAUGAUGAUCAUUGUCAUUUAUUUGAUGCGCCUCAUGCUAUACAAACUACCACAGAAAGCAGUGAUUGUUAGCACAUUCUUGCCUCUCGGCCCUCUUGGCCAAGGGGGAUUUGGGUGA